AAUAUCAUAUAAUAUAACAUAGUAAUAUCUUAGAUUACAAAUCCAAAUUCGUCUAAGUUUCAGUUGCAUUCCAUAUUUCAAUUAUCUAUAUCUGUCAUAGUGAAUUAAUCCAAGCUUUUAACGGCAAUAACUGCCAAUAAGUAUAAUCAUUAAUUGACAAAUAACCGCAACUUGUUAAAUCGUAUUUUGUGUCGAAUCCGUUGCAUUGUGUUUACGUUUCAACAGAAUUUUAUCUGCAAAAUGUCACACACCAUACUCUUGAUUCAACCAGGGACCAAACCGGAAACAAGAACAUAUUCCGAUUAUGAGUCUGUUAAUGAUUGCAUGGAAGGUGUUUGUAAGAUCUAUGAAGAACAUCUGAAGAAAUUAAAUCCAAAGUCUGUGUCUAUUACUUAUGACAUAACUCAGCUGUUCGAAUUUGUUGACCAUUUAGCAGAUCUUUCAUGUCUUGUGUACCAAAAAAGUACCAUGACAUAUGCUCCUUAUAAUAAAGACUGGAUAAAAGAAAAGAUUUACGUCCUACUCAGAUGCCAAGCCAAUCAACGUCAAUAAACAAGAUAAAUUUAAUGGAAUGUUUUAUUACAAUAUUAUUGUGAGGCUGUUUUUUUCUUGUUGACCAUUUAGUAGGUAUAUGUACACCAACUAUAAUGUAAUCAUUUAGGUUGACCAUAAGCAGUAUACAAGUUAUUCAUAGUGAUUUGACAAAUAUUCAUGAUCCUCAGAACUUCCUUUACUUCAUAAAAGUUAAUAAUUAAAAAUAAAAAUAAUAUUUAAAUAUUAAAUUAAAUUUUUAUUAUUUGUGACUA